CGUCCCGAUAAUGUUGUGUCGUCGGUUGCCGCUAUUUUUCUCGUCUCUAUGUCUCGUGGCGGUUUUGACGGCGAGAGAAGCGAUUUUUCUUCUGAGGAAUAAAAACGUCAUUUCGAAAAAAGACGAAAGUAGCAUUCAAGUUUUCCCCUCGACAGUCGUGCCGUUAUAUACUCAUCAUCCUUCAACAGUACAUGACGAAUUAGUGUAUGACGGAGCAGACGAAGGGAAAAAUGUGCCGUUAUAUUCUAAUCAUCCUCCAACAGUACAUGGCGAAUUAAUGAAGAGGUUUUCGAACAGGAGAGAAACUCUCAGGGCAAAAUGUGCGGCAUUUCAGGGUGCUUUGCCCAAUAGGUUGAGGAGGUGGUUACCUCAGGCCAUGUAUUAUUCGCAGAAGUAUAAUAUUCUCGGAUGUCUGAUUGCCAAGGCAGGCGUGACCACUUGGAAAGUUCAUCUCAACCGAAUGUUGGGCCACGGUGGAGACACGGAGAGCACGGACAAUAUUAAAGCCAUCAAUAUGAUGUCAUUUUCCAAACUGACACGGUUGAUGGCAGAUGGUGGCGUCACAAGAGUGAUUAACGUACGAAACCCGAUCGACCGCCUUGUGUCCGCUUAUAAAGAUAAGUUCUUUAAUGGGCAGCCUAGGAUCCCCGGUGAAAAGCACCGGAAUUUCUUCCAGAAUGCCUUUAAGCUACUUGGCAAACCGUGGCACCGUGGGACUGUGACUUCGAUCACCUUUCGAGAAUUCCUACAGUAUGUCAUCGAGGAAUCGAAACACGGUCUGGACGGCAUGAACUGCCACUGGCGUCCAAUCUACACCGUCUGUCAGCCCUGUACAACAAAAUACAAGUACAUCGUGAAGCUUGAAACCAUUGAAGAAGAUUUGACGUUCCUCAGAGACGAAAUGGCCAUCAGCGAAAUGAACGUGGCUUUAAAAAGGAACGUAAAGAAGGAAUCUCGAACCAGUGAUGAUUAUUUUAAAGAUCUUCCGGUUGAUCUGCUGGUGGGUAUCAGGCGGUUGUAUGAGUACGAUUUUACUCUCUUUGGCUAUGUAAUACCUGGUUAUUUGGAGAACGUAGGCAAGCGAGGGACGUGAUAGUUUUUUUUCGAAUACGUAUUAAGAAGAAAAAAAAUAAGAUUACAUAUCAACAAAAUCUACUUUUAAGAUGAGAUGUUAUGUGAGAUCUAUUUCUAUAUAUUUUUUUAAAUUUUAUUAUUAUUUUUUUUUACAAUUUAUUGCCAGUAAUUUUAUUAUUAUUAUUAUUAUUAUUAUUUGUUUUUUUUUGUAUUAUAAACUUAAAUUGCGUAGUAACCUAGACCUUUCCUCAUGCAGAUUUCUCCUAAUAAACAGGGAAGUAGUGCGAGCGUAGUUACAAAUUUAGUGUGAAUAAAAUCACAACGAUUGUAAUAAACGUCAGCUCUACAAAGGAUGGUGAUUUUAGCCCACUAUUCUGUGUUUUUGCUUUACUUCUCUUCAAAGAUGCAUAUGCUAAUAUAAGACAGAAAGAAAGUGUAUCAUAAGACAUUAUCUGAGCAAAAAGGACUCUCGACUAGCGUGCAAGUUCGAGACACACGAAACAUGCCACAUACCUAAAAUGAAUAAUGCUAAACGUUCCGCUACGCUUCUCCAGGGUUUAGUUUACUUAUUUACAUAUUUAUUUAUCUACCAUGUCGUAGUCUAUUGUAGCUUUAAGAAUUUCAAGAUAAUAAUUUUGGGGAAGCCACGUGUAGAUUCCACCUGGUUGAUUGUUAUUGUUUCAGAUACCAGUCACUUCCAUGCUUAUUUUAAUUUUUCGUGUUUACUCCCAUAACUGAACUAUUCAUUUACACCAAUUUUAGACUAAUGUGGUAGUUUUCAUAUGGUAUGAUUUCAUACCAGGACACGAUAAUCGUCAUAUUUCAUUCGUAUGUAUUCACAUUUCGCACCUCAUUUGAGUAAUAAGUGGAACAUGAACAAUCACCCGCAGUUGCUUAGAGCACUAGCAAUAGUACAAUCGUGUCUGGAAACAGAAUUCAUUGAAACGAAAAAAAGGCAUUAAUAACAUUUGGAUUAUUUAUGGCAUCAUUCUCAUUCAUACUUUUUGUUAAGUCUUCCCCAUUUCACUUUACUCAUUUGACUGUAACAUCUAAAAGCUACAAUUAAAAACUAUAUGUUUUUAUUGUUCACAAUUGCCUUUUUAUAACCUCUGAGCUCAUUGUAAGGCAUUUAGCUGAUUUAGUCUCUUUUCUGGAGUCCGGAGUCCGUCUGUUUCACAACCACACGCAUUUCUACAAUUCCUCCUCUCGAUACCCCAGU